CCACACUCAACCCCGCCCCCCCACCACCGGAAACCCCGAUCUCCGGCAAUGUCACUCCACCAGCGGCCGCACCAGAAGCCGCUGGGAGCCGACUCCCUCCCACUCUCCACUGGCCCCGCCAACGCCGCCCCACCCCGCCCCCUGCCCCUCCUCACGCUCCCCUACCUUCUCUCCCUUCUCGCGCUCCUCCUCCUACUCGCCCUCCUCUUCCCCUGGGGACCGCCCCGCCACUCCGCGCCGUCUUCCCCGUGGCGCUCCUACACGCUCCAAGACGCUGCAGCCUUCGCCGCGGCCUCCGGCAACGGCACCAUCAUCCUCGCCGCCGUCUCCGGGCCAUACCUCCCCUUCCUCUCCAACUGGCUCAUCAGCGUCCGCCGCGCCGGCCGCGCUAACCAGGUGCUCGUCAUCGCCGAGGACUACGAGACCCUCGAGCGCAUCAAUGCCGCAUGGCCCGGCCAUGCCGUCCUCGUGCCCCCCGCGCCCGACGCCCAGGCCGCUCACAAGUUCGGGUCGCAGGGGUUCUUUAACUUCACCUCGCGGCGGCCGCGACACCUGCUGCAGAUUCUCGAGCUGGGGUACAGCGUCAUGUACAAUGACGUUGACAUGGUGUGGCUUGCCGACCCGUUUCCAUAUCUCGUCGGCAAUCACGACGUCUACUUCAUGGACGAUAUGACUGAAGUGAAGCCACUAAAUCAUUCACAUGCGCUGCCGCCGCCAGGUAAGAAGGGGCGGCCAUACAUUUGCAGCUGUAUGAUCUUCCUGCAGCCAACAGAAGGGUCAAAGCUGUUGAUGAGGAAGUGGAUUGAGGAGCUCAAGGAACAGCCCUGGUCGAAGAAAGUGAAAUCAAAUGAUCAGCCAGCAUUCAACUGGGCUUUAUUAAAGACUACCGGGCAGUUGUUGUGUAUCUUAUCUUUUUUGCCAAUGUUUUUUUCCUUAAGGAAAUCGGUGGAUGUGUAUUUACUACCUCAGUCUGCUUUUCCAACUGGAGGUCUAUAUUUCAAGAAUAAAACAUGGGUCAAGGAGACAAAGGGCAAGCAUGUCCUUAUACAUAACAACUACAUAACAGGGUUUGAGAAAAAGAUUAAACGCUUCCGUGAUCAUAAACUAUGGCUGGUGGAUGAACACAGCGACGAGUCACCGCUUGCAUCACAAUUCUGUGGAUGGUGUCUGCCCAACCAGAUGUUGGAUGAUUUUCCACCCACCACAUGGAAUUCAACAGUCGAAUUUGAACACCAGACCCGCAUGCAGAAGACUCCAUUUGUACAUCAAGGCCUUCAGCCUCAGGAGCUACGCUUUCUCAUGCAGUCCAAAACAACUCCUGUUGUUGUACCCUUUCCUUUGAUGCCUCCCCCGCUUUGCUUUCCGCAGGAGCAACGCCGUUGCCUUGGCCUCACACAAGGAACACCGGCGACACGCACGCCCCCACAUAUACUCCCUCCUAGCCCCCGUGCUUGCAUGUGCGCAAGAAACCUCCUUUCUUCUCACCACAGCAGGAAGGAAACCCACCCUCCUACGUCGACAGAGAUCAGAUCAAUGGGCCAGGCCGUCGCCAAGGCGAAGCAAGAGGCCGGGCGGGCGACGCAGAAGGCCGACAAGGACGGCAAGGCUGUGGCCAACCGUAAUGACGCCAAGGAGCAGCUCAUUGUGUUUAUGGAUAACCACUACGAUGAUAUAGUCAAGUCUGCGGAAACCUUCGAUCAAUUUUACCAUGCCAUUUUCGAACUCAUCGAAAAGUUCUGUGAGGAACAAGGGCAGCUGCAGUACAGGAUGCCAUCCAAAGUGGACCUCGAGAGAGAGUACAAGGCUCUUAAGAAUAAGAAGGACGGAGUAGACCUGACCAAGGAUCAAUUCCACGAGAUCACCUCCAAGCUCGUCACGGUGAACAGCUUCAGCUUCGGCAAGGCCGCCUUCGACGUGCUGGUGGUCCUCUUCGGCGCGCCCAUGUGCGCGCUCCUCGUCAAGAGGGUCGUCCCGGGCCUCAAGUCCUUCUCCGACGACGUCGUCAUCCCGGUGGCCACCUCCGGCGCCGUCGUGUACCUUGCCAGGGCCAACAAGCUCUGAGCCGGCGCGCCGGCGGAAGCGUUACUGCUGCUACACUAGCUCACCACAGGAAAAACAAUAAUAAUCUGUCGAAUCAUGAUAAUGCAACUGUCUGGUGGCUCGAUCGCGCCCAGAUUGCAGAACCUGCAAAGAUGAUUGAAACUUUUAGUGAUAUUCCUCUGUUCCUACGUGUGUGUGUGUGUAUGCGCGCGCGCGUGGGUCUGUCCACGCCCGUGGCAACGUUGCAGUGGAAACGUUUCCCUCCAAAUCAGAAAAUGCCAUAGUUUAAAAAACCGAACUGGUAAUCGAA